AUGAAAAAACUUAAUAAAAAACAACUAUUUGAUAAAUGGAAAAAACAAAUUAAUAAAAAUAUCGAUGACAAUAAUGUAAAAAAUCUCACAAAGGAUUAUUUAGAUUUGAUCUAUAACGAUUUUUACAUUAAAAAUAAACAUAACAAAAAAAUAUUAUUAGACGAAGAAAAGGCUUACCAUUCGUUCAGUCUCAUCUCUGAAGUUUAUUUAAAAGAAGAAGAAAAAACCAGAUUAAAAAGAAUUCGAGAAGAACAUGAAAAAAUAUUAUUUGAUAACUUUUCUGCUUGUGGUUGUUGUGGUUUAAUCGGUCAUAAUAAAAAUACCUGUAAUAGAAAUCUCUGUUCUAGAUUACAACAACACCAAAAACUAAGAUAUUGCGGACAUAACAGAAACACAUGCCCAAGACAAUUUGGUAUCAAUACAGCAUUUUACGAUGAUGGAGAUAUGGUGUUAAAUAAAAUGGGAAAAACUUUAGUACCCUGGCAAUCACAUAAAAUCGUUAGAAACAGACCUUCCAAAGGAAGAUCAUGUACAUAUUGUAGUGUGUUAGGUCAUAAUAAAAGAAAAUAUCCUUGGGCAAAUACUCAAGGUAGAAACUUGCAAAAUAUAGCUGGAAUCAGGGCUGCAGCAAAAAAAUAUUUUGAAGCACCAAAAAGUUGUCUUCUUCGUAAAGCUGGAGAAGAUAGGAUAGAUAACGAUCAUAAAAGAGCAUUAAUACAGGUAAUUGUAUUACCAAAUGUUUGGCUUGACAUUGAAUACAGACUUUAUUACCGACCAUAUCAUAGACCCAGACAAAUUCCAUAUAGGCCAUACAGGCCAAGAAGAAGACGUAUACCAAACUACAUAGCCGCUUGCAGAUGUUGUGGUAGUGAAAAUCAUGCUAGAAAUGAUCAGAACGCCCCUUGUCGAAAUCAAAACUAUAUCAAUCCUAGAUUAGUAAGAUUGCUCAGAGAACAAAGGUUAUAUUAUAUUGAAAAUGGAAUUCAAAUGCCAAAUAACAUAG